AUGGGCCCCAAAAUGUCAUCUCCUAAUUGUUUAACAGAAUCAGAAAGCAAAGAAGAAAGGUCUACCUUUAGAGAACAAUGGGAUUUCUCUGAAGAAGAUGACCCCAUAAUGCCCAGCCUAACACCUCUUGGAAAUCUUGCCUGCCAGGUUAAGGACCUUUUAAAAUAUCUAAAACUUGGAAACCUUUAGAAUCCCAAUUUCUAGUUAUAGCAUACUGAACUCUUAAAACAAUCAGUCUAUAUACUUGUAAGACUCUUCCAUUGCUUCCCAUUGUGUCCCCAACUGAAACCAAUUCCUGAAUAGCUUCUGGCCUCUUCUGGAGUCCCAACUCUUCAAAGGCCCCUUAAAAGUCUCAGCCAGCUCUCUAGAUAUCAUGCUACCCUAAAUGGAACACUGCAUUUUGCCAGCAAACAGCUAAGCCAAACACUGAGUAAAGCCAUUCCCAAAUGUUAAUAUAUAAUUCAUUUCCCUGACUCUUAUGUUUCUUUUUGUUGCUGUGACUGCCUGACACAGGUAGAUAAGGAAACAGCCUGCACUACCUUUUCCUAUGAUCUCCAGAAGGCAGUUAACAAACUCCUAACUGCUUCACCAUAA